AUGGUCGCCCACAGUCAAGGAGGUAAAGGACGAGGCAAGACGGGAUCGGCUCUGCGUAUUCGUAAGGUAUUCCGCGACAACAUUCAAGGCAUCACCAAAACAACAGUUCGUCGUUUGGCACGACGUGCUGGAGUUCGGCGUAUUUCUGAGCUGAUCUAUGAAGAGACUCGAGCGGUUCUAAAGAGAUUUCUUGAGGAACUCAUCAGAGCCGCUGUUAUCUACUGCGAGCACGCCAGACGCACCACCGUCACAGUUAUGGAUGUCGUCUACGCCCUCAAGCGACAAGGGCGCACCGUUUAUGGUUUCGGAGGUUAA